AGAGGAUUUAUCCCUGCAGUCAUAUACUAUCAGUAUUGUGCAGUUGCUUGGCUUUAAUCUGGGAUUGAGUUAUGACAAUCCUGACACUUGUUAUUGUUCAGAAGAUGUUUGCACAAUGUCACCUAAAGCAGUGCAGUCUCGGGGUGUAAAGGAUUUUAGCACCUGUACGUUGGAUGACUUUAAAUACUUGGCCUCACAUUCCGGCCUUGGAUGUCUUCAGAGAAUCCUUCCUGAAAUGCCAGUUUAUAAACAACAAAAGAAAAGGACAUGUGGCAAUGGACAAUUGGAACAGGGUGAACAGUGUGAUUGUGGCACUGUAAAGAAUUGUACACAUAAAGACUGCUGUGAUCCUAAAACAUGUUCAAUGAAAGCAAAUAAACAGUGUGGCUCCGGGGAAUGUUGCACACAAGAUUGCAAGCUAAAAUCAAUUGGUAUACAGUGUAGGAAAUCAUAUGACGAAUGUGAUUUCACUGAAUAUUGCAAUGGAGUUUCCCCACACUGUAUGCCUGACACUUAUGCACGUAAUGGACAAAGUUGUGAUUCAGGCGAUUCCUUCUGUUACAAAGGACGAUGUCGCAUAUUUACCAAACAGUGUAAAGAAUUGAUUGGAGGAGCUUCUAGAGGUGCUCCAUUUGCUUGUUAUGAUGAAGUAAACUCAAGAGGAGAUAGAUAUGGAAACUGUGGCCGAGACCAUUGUAGUUAUGUUCAUCUUCUAUGUGGAAAAUUAGUUUGUGCUUGGCCACACAAAGAAUUAGUGUCACGUGCAAAUUUAUCUGUGAUUUACACACAUGUACAGGAAGAAAUGUGUGUAUCUACAUAUCGGAACCAAAACAAGGCAAAUAAAAAUCCAUGGACAACAAUUGACAGUCCUGAAGAAAGAGAUGAUACAUUUGUAGAAGAUGGAUCUGUGUGUGGUCCUGAUAUGUACUGUGUCAACUUUAACUGUGUAGAAAUUCAAUACCAGGUAAAUUAUCAGACGUGCAAUUCUUCUCAUCAUUGCAAUAGCCAUGGAAUUUGCAACAAUUUGAAUCACUGCCAUUGUCAAAAUGGGUUUGCUCCUCCUGAAUGCCUGGAGAAGAAGGGAGAAUUUGGAAGCAUAGAUGAUGGACACAUACCUCCAUCUGGUAAAAGUGAUUUGGGGGGACAAUCUACCACUCCUUCAAAACACCGAUUUGAACUCAUUUUCUACAUUUCUCUACCUCUGCUCAUCAUCACUGCUGCUGUUGUAAUAAAGCAGAAUAAAAUAAGAGAGCUGUGCUACAGGGGGGAAACUGAAAGUGACAGAUCUGUGUCAGAAGAAAGCAGCAGUAACAGCAAAUUAUCCCCCAGUGAAAGCAACAGUCUGUAACAACAUUGGCCUGGAGAAAGGACAUUACCAAAGAAAUCCUCAGAAACUGAACUAAACCAAGAAGGGAAAAAUAAUUUCACCCUCAACUCUGUUGUCACUACUGACGGUUUAAAGUAUGAAAUAAUAAAUCAUCAGCACUUGCAUCACCAAAA